AUGACGGUGAAAUAUGUGUGCUUGUUUAGAGCUAUUCGGGGUGCCUCUGGCUGGCACUGUACUAGACAGGUCAGGGAUAUUCAUGACCCUGUGAAGACGGUGAUAAAAGCCCCUGGCACGGCUGUGCAUAGCACUCAUCUGGACUUUCCUUGCUAUGAAACCAGCUCGACCACUGGUUUGGGAGUGGAAGACUUUCCUAGCCACCUGACAGACCUGUGCCCCCUGACGUGUGACGUUGUACUGAACCUGGAAAUGUCCCAUAUAAUUGGAAGCCCAUUAGCUAAAGCAAGAGGGCAGAACAUGACCAUAUUUUAUUUUAAUAGGCUCGGCUCUUAUCCUUGGUACACAUCACAGGAAGCCCCUGUUAAUGGUGGCCUACCCCAGAACUUCAGUUUCCAAACUCAUCUGGAAAAAGCCAGCUGUGACGUUAACUAUCACAUCCCACCAGCUAAGGAUUUCAAUGGAUUAGCUGUCAUACACUGGGAGCAAUGUCCUCAGUGUGCCCGCAACUGGGAUGCAAAAGGUGUCUACAGAAGAACAGCCAGGAAACUCAUAACUGAAAUGGGAGGGAAUAUUUCAGCAAAUGAAAUGAAAGAACAUUUUGCCAAACUUUCCUUUGAAGACAGUGCAAAAGCUUUUAUGAAGGAAACAAUUGCAUUAGGAAUGAAAAGCAGACCAAAGGGCCUGUGGGGAUGCUAUUUAUACCCUAACUGUCACAAUUACAGUUUCUGUGAUCAGAACUACACUGGUUCCAGCCCAAAGAGUGAAGUUUUGAGGAACAAGGAACUUGCCUGGCUCUGGGAUAGCAGCGCAGCCCUGUAUCCUUCCAUUGGCAUUACACAAUCCCUCGGAAAUAGGCAAAACGUUUUGCAUUUUUCUCAGUUUAGGAUGAAUGAAUCCAUAAGGAUUACCUCCAUGACAUCCCAAGAUUAUGCUUUCCCUGUAUUUGUGUAUCCUUAACUAGGUUAUAGAGAUGAACAUUUAUUAUUUCUCUCUAUGCAAGAUCUUACUAACACUACCGGAGAGAGUGCCCUGGGAGCUGCAGGCAUUGUUAUUUGGUGAGAUAUGAAUUUAACUUCUUCAGAGGUAAGCCUAGCAACUGCGCAGAAGUGCAAAAAUUCUGAAGUAGGGCCCUACAUUACCAAUGUCACAGUGGCAGCUGAGGUGUGCAGCAGGCAUCUUUGUUAGGACAAUGCACAACGUGUGCGAAGAACCUGGAGAGCCUCAACAUACCUACAUUUGAAUCCUAAGAGCUUCUGGAUAGAUGCCUCAGAGGACCAAAGAUUUAUUGUGAGAGGAAAAACAUCAAAUGAAGGUCUGGAAAUAAUGCUGGAGACAUUUGCCUGCCACUGUUAGCAGGCUUAUGAAGGAACUGACUGUGGGGAAGUUAAAGUUGCUGAUGACCAUCCAGGGAGCCCUGCAGACUCUGUCUCACCCAGAUUUGCAGAGAUCUACCUGCUUCCGUUGCCUUUGAUGAGUCUUCUCUAA